AUUGCAACUCUAAGCUGUCAUCUCAGCUGCAUGUUGACACAAGGUGGUUGUGAAUGUGAAUUAAUAUGUUCUCUCUGUCUCUCCUUUUGUUCUUCUGCCAUCCAGGAUUUGAUUCCAGCUUCCUGAACUUCACUGGCCAUCUACAUCAACACAUCUUGAGAGCCAACUUAGCAGUAUGGCCACUCCCAUCCGACUCCUCAUCUUGUUGGGUGGCGAAAGUGCAGAGAGGAUGGAAUUAUCAACGAUGCCGGACACAGUUGAGGAGCUCAUUGAACAGGUCAAAAACGUAUGCAAACUUUGUGGAGACAUCAGGCUGCAAUACAAGGAUGAUGACUUUGGUGGAACAUUUGUUAACUUGAGCUCAACUUCAAUGAUCAAAGAUCUCACUACAAUCAAGAUCAUACAAGCUGCUCCUGAUAUUGUUCUGAGUUUCAUUGAAAGUGUCCCAUCUGAUUUGAGUGACUUAGACACAAGCCUGGUCUCACGAAACACUGAUACAGAUGACACAGUCAUACUCAGCCGCAGCUCCUCUGACAGUGAGGGACUGAGAAAAGAGCCGUGGCCGAAGGAGUUCAUUAUCCCGCCCUUCUCCCUUGAAACAGAAGGUCAACUUCAGAGAGGGAAUUCAGAAUAUGCACAGAACCAAACCAGACUGACUCCUUCAUCAAAAAUGCUGUCUGACAUACUGGAAAGAUUGGCAGAGAAGAUUUUUUCCUACAAGGCGUACCCCACUGAUGCAGACCUGAGUGAAGUUGCAGAGGCUCUGACAAGGAGACAUCCCUGCCUGAGACAACCAGACUCCUUCAAUGAGAGUUAUGGAUGGAAACUGAAGCUCAAGAGUAAGAUGCACAACUACCGCACUCAGCUGAGGUCACAUGGACUUUCGUCUGAGCUCAUGGUGAACACACUGAAGUCCAAGUCACGAGAAGAUGCUGAUCCCUUCCCAGCAAAGAAUGUCAAAAAGGCAAGAAGAGGUGAGACCAAUUACUAUCCUCAACCCAGCGGAGACAGUCCUGAAAACCUCGAGCAAGAAAGAGCAUCUCUUCUGACAGAAAUAAAGAUAAGAAAUAAUGAGAGAACCAUACGGGAGAAGAUGGCCAGGACUUUUCAGUUCAGGAGGCAAGAGAUUGUGGAUCAGAAGCCAACCAUCGAAAACCUCAUGGAAAGAUGGCCAGCUUUAUUUCAGAUGGGAGAGGUUGAUGCAGAGUUUCAGCGGGUUACUGCAGUUCCCCUCCUGACCAGAUUUAUGGCGCACCUGGACAAGCACUCCCCGCAGCUACUGAAGAUCUUCAGAAAGAAGGGAGGGACCACUAAAGCAAAAACUGCCGCGAUCCUGGAGUUUCUUGAUCAGGGUGCUGAUGCCGAUAUCAGAAGGGAGUGCAUCCUCAAAGCUCUCAUCAUCUACCUAGGAGAACAUGUGGAGGACCUAUUAAAGGAAUACAUGGUAUGUCCAGAUAUAUUCUGUCACCGAUUAUUCAACUUCAUUAAUCGUGGGAGACCACCUAUGCUGUUAUAUGUAGUUAUUCAUGAGGUGUGCCAGACUGCAGUUGUUCAGUUGCAUUUUUCAAAUAUUUUGCCUCAGGUGUCCCAGAAAGAUCAAGCCGUGCAGGAGCUGGAGAGGACCACCAUGGCAGUCUUCGUCUUCAGAGAGAAUUCAAGCCUUCUCCAACAGCCCCAAGACGUCGGGAUUAUCAUUGAUGGUGUGGAAGUCCUCAAUGAGUUGCCUUCUGUUGCAGCAGGAGUGGUAAUGCUCUUUGGACUUUGCUAUGCUCUUAACAUGGAAUAUCCACAGGGUUUCAGGUUCACCUUUGAGGCCCUUCAGAAGAUCCUGAUGGAGCUUGGUUCCAACAAGAUGACUUCCAAGAUUCGCAAACUCAGUGGUGAACUCAAAACUGCACAGUAGUGUAUGUGUGCUUAGUGUGUGCUUAGUAGUUGCCACUGGCUUUUAUUUAAGAGGUAGUCAA